GAGAAACCCUGAUAUUGAAGCCUGCGCAAUCUCUUCCAAGGGCGCAAUCAGAUUUCUUGCAAGACCACGGCCAGCACUGGCAGUGGCAGGCAUCUGGUUCUCAUUCUCUUCGUUCUGGGCAGAAUUUAUGAGCAAGCAGGUGCUCAAUGCGUUCUAGCUGGUAGAGGAACGAGCUUUCCCGCCUGGAGGCUCUUUGAAUGGGCUUCAGAGGCGCACAAGAAUUUUUGGAGGGCGCGUCAGCAGCGCCUUUUGGUUCUGUUCAGAGGUCGGGGAGCUAGAUCUAAGCAGACCUGAUCGUGACCUCAUUUUGAGCUACGAUUGGCAGCGGCAGCGGCAGCGGAUGUGAGUGAGGUCAGUGUGAGGUCAACGGGAAGGAUGGUUGCCACGCGCUCCCAAUAUCAAGCUGUGGCGAACGGAGACCCAGCUAUGGCAAACGGAGAUGGUGGAAAGCCGGCUGCGCACGCAGAUCUGGAGACGCCCGAGACGCCAGUCAACAUUCCAAUUCAUAGACGCAUCCCGGACUACCUGCAGUCAGUCAACCUUUCCCACGUCCGACGUGGGUACCACCUGCUCAUCACCCACGCUGUCACGCUCCUGGUGCUGCCGCUGUUCCUGUCAGUCGGAGUAGAGGUCCUGCGGAUGCGGCCAGCGGACAUCCUGCAGCUUUGGGAGCAUCUGCAGUUCAAUCUGGUCAGCGUUGUGGUCUGCUCCGCCGCGAUCGUGUUUGGUGCUACCGUGUACUUCCUCUCUAGGGCUAGGCCGGUCUAUCUGGUGGAGUUUGCGUGCUGUCAGCCAGAAAUGGAUCACGAAGUAGAUCGGGACUACUUCAUCAGCGGCACUAAGUGGGCAUUUGCUGGCAAUGAGAAGGCGAUCGAUUUCCAGAGCAAGAUCAUCUGGCGCUCGGGCCUAGGGGACAGCACAUUCUUGCCAAAGGCUGUCAGGAACCGCCCCCCAAACCCUACGAUGGACAUGGCGAGGAGAGAGGCCGAGGAGGUCAUGUUCAGCACCCUGGAGAACCUUUUUGCAAAAACAGGGGUGAAGCCAAAGGAGGUGGAUAUCUUAAUCGUCAAUUGCUCUCUCUUCAACCCCACGCCGUCGCUGUCAGCCAUGAUAGUGAACCAUUUCAAGAUGAGGGGCAAUGUCAAGACGUACAACCUUGGGGGCAUGGGGUGCAGUGCUGGGGUGAUCUCUAUCGAUCUCGCAAGGGACCUGCUUCAGGUGCACCGCAACUCGCUGGCUGUUGUCGUCAGCACAGAGAACAUCACUCAAAACUGGUACUUUGGCAAUGACAGGUCCAUGAUGAUCCCCAACUGCCUGUUCCGCAUGGGGGGUGCUGCGAUGCUCCUCUCGAACCGCGCGCGCGACGGCUGGCGCGCCAAGUACGAGUUGCUGCACACGGUCAGGACCAACAAGGCGGCGGACGACCGGUGCUACAACUGCGUGUUUCAGAAGGAGGACGAGGCUGGCAAGGUCGGGGUGUCGCUGUCCAAGGAUCUUAUGGCCAUCGCGGGGGAGACCCUGAAGGCCAACAUUACGACACUGGGCCCGCUCGUCCUGCCCCUCUCGGAGCAGAUCCUAUUCUUCGUCGUGCUCGUGGCUCGGAAGCUGUUCAAGAUGAAGAUGAAGCCGUACAUCCCGGACUUCAAGCUCGCGUUCGAGCACUUCUGCAUCCAUGCGGGGGGGCGCGGCGUCAUUGACGAGAUGGAGAAGAACCUGCAGCUGCGGGAGUACCAUACGGAGCCGUCCCGGAUGACGCUCUACAAGUGGGGGAACACGUCAUCGUCGUCGAUAUGGUACGAGCUCGCCUACUCGGAGUACGCGGGGCGCGUUCGCCGAGGGGACCGCAUCUGGCAGAUUGCUUUUGGCAGCGGGUUCAAGUGCAACAGCGCCGUCUGGAGGGCGCUUCGGACGAUCCAAUCGCCGCCGGACAGCGUGUGGAUUGGCACGCAAAAGCCUGCUGUCUUUCCUAGUUAGAAGCCAUGUUGGUAGGAAGGCCCAAUUCGCCUGUAUCGUAUGUCGAGAAGGUGUGUAAUGCCCGCAUGAUGAAUUUUUUCAGGUAGGUUGCGAUUGGCUGAAUAAAGAGAGCAACCGGCUCAAUUGACAGUGUUGCUCUUAGAAAGUUUAGAUAGAGUUGAGAGGGUUUGGGCUUGUGAAAAUUGGGAUGGUGCUUUUGUUGGUAGUCUAACAGCGGCUAACACAUACCGAAGCUGCGCAGUAGGCCGUUCAGGUAUGGAAGUCCACCGACAAACCAGUGUUUGUUAGUUUUGUGGUGUCAUCGAUUGAGCUUGUUUCAGCAAGGGCGGAAGCUGCGGCGGGCUAGCUUCUUUGCAUCAAUGCUGGCACGCUUUUGUCUGAAGUUUGUUGAUAAGCUUCUAAACCGCGCCUCAACUGGCUUCGUCAGGAAGGUGGGCUCGUCAUGAGUGCAGGCUGAGAGGGGC